AUGCCACGCAUCGCACCCUCAACCUAUAGCCCAUCUCCAUCUUCCAAAAGGGCCUAUCAAGUCGAAUGCGAAGAACCACCCAGUAACCCUUUUUAUCACAUCAAAUUCCAGAAAGCACUCUCAGGAGCCAUGCCAUGCAUCUCCAAUCUGAACAGGGUCUUGUCUAGUACCACGCUACAUCAGAAGGCUGGGUCGACUGUUCACAGCCUUCAGCAACAGGCUGUGAAUCUGGGGCAUCAGGAGCUUCCCUCGUCGCGCAUUGUUGGUAUGAUAGGUGAUUCUGCAGUGGGAAAGAGCAGUCUCAUCAACUCACUACUCGAUAAGCCAAACCUAGCAAAGUCGAGUGGCAAUGGUACUGCUUGUACCUGUACGGUGACAGAAUACGUGUAUCACGAUAGUGAUAAUUUUACCAUCCGGGUCCAGUACUUCGACCGAGAUGAGCUUGAGUAUCAAUUGAAAGACCUCGUGAGCGCGUACCGAAACAUAAAGGAACCUCAUGAUACUAUGGAACCAGGGCAGCAGAACAAGCCAGACCUGCAAGAGAACAAGGAAGCUUUGGUACACAAGGCCAAUCUCGCGAGGCAAACCUUUGAAGCAAUUUUCACUCGACAUCUCAAAGAAGAUCCCGAAGCUCUCUCACGCGAAGAGUUCAAUGUCACUGUCGAGAAGAUGAUGCUCUGGGUCCGGGAACUGCUUCCAGAAUCCGAAGACGAGGAAUCUUUUGCUGCCCUCCAAGAGUGCGCUGAUCGGCUGGUCAUUCUGACUUCGGGGACCGGCGAUUCAUUCUCGAGUUCACAAUCUGGCAUGCGCUGGCCUUUGAUCAAAAGUAUGAAGGUAUACUUGAGAGCAGUCAUACUGAGCAAAGGACUCAUCUUAGCGGACGUGCCUGGGCUUCGCGACAGCAACCCUGUGCGUGCACGGAUCACGGAGCAAUAUAUUCGACAAUGCGAUCAGAUCUUUGCCGUCCUACCUAUCCAACGGGCUGCUGACGACAAAAGCCUCGAUAACAUAUUCAAGCUAGCCCAAGACGCGAAUCUCUGCAAAGUUGACAUAGUAUGCACCAAGUCCGAGGAUGUGAAUACUGCAAAUGCUGCGUCUGAAUGGGCAGAACACAAGGGUGAAAUUGAAGCGCUUCAAAUUGAGAUGGAUAACAUACGUGACAAUAUCAAUGAGAUAGCAGAAGCUUUGGCCGAAGAAGAGGAUCUCGGUUUCGGAACCGAGAAUCUCAAGAGAAAUGGAAGGUACCAAAAGUUGUUAUAUGAACAUCGUAAGUUGGAGAAAGACAGACAGUGCAAAGAGCACGAGUUGCCACAUCGGCUCAUUCAGAUCCGCAAUACUUCAGUCACUGCUAAACUCCACCACAAAUACAAGGACCUCGAAGCCGCAAAACGCCCCAAGAUAUUCUGUGUAAGCCACAUAUUGUACACGGAUAAUCGUACCGGAACUAGUGCAGUGCAUCUUGCCGCCAUCCGCAUCAGUGGUAUUCCAGAUCUUAGACGACAUUGCAUUGGUAUCAUUGCAGAGAGCCAUUACCGGAUUUCUAAGCAACUCAUCGAUCACGAACUCCCAGCAUUCCUUGGUUCGGUCGAGCUAUGGGUGAAUUCUGGAGGUGGCAAUGCCACAUCGGAACAGCGGAGAAUUCGCGAAAUCCUACCCAAGAUUGACGGAUACUUGCUUCAGGUACGAAACCAAUUGACUUUUGAAGACGAAGAGAUGUUGAUUCAUGCCAUGUUGCGCGUCUUGCUAGAGAAGUUCAAAGAGACGAUAGAGGAUCGUAUGAUUUCAUCGGCCACAAAGUGGUCUGAAUAUGCCGAAAAGGCUAGCAAAUUAUGGCAUGAGUGGAAUGCAGCUACGUAUUCUGCAUUCUGUCGCCAUAAAGGAGACCAUUCUACACAAGCAGUUGGCUACCGUAAUUGGAACGAUGAAGCGAUUGCUUGUUUGAAAAAAGAUUUGAACUCUGCUUGGGAAGCUUUUGUUGGGAUUCUGAAAGGGAAGCUGAAAGAGCUAACUGAUGACAUAAAAAGACUGUUUGAUCGUAUGCACACCUUGGCAAUGCCUCAACAACAAAACGGAAAGUCUUUGGUUCUGAGCCACACUUCCGCAAUCCGGGGGCUCCGCAAUACCCUGAUACAUCGCAGGGACAUUGCACUGGUAGGUAUGGGGGAGAGCCAGGAAUGCUUCUGGUCAGGAAUGGCCACACUCAAAGUGAAUACUCUUGGGUCUUUACAAACGGCGUUUGUAGGAGAGUGCAUGAAGAAGACGUACAACGAAGCCAAUAGUGAACACGGUCCGGGGUGCACAAAAAGGAAAAGGGCGUUGAUUACAGGACGAUUCGGCUCUGAGGCGUUGUUCUUGGACAUGCGGAAAGCAUGCAAGGUUCAUUUUGCACGUCUCGCAGAAGAACUGCAAGUUGAUAUGUGCAAUGUGCUGCGAGCGCAGAUUAGUCUUAUUGAGAGGGAUCUGUACACGUUGCGAGAGAGCCUUGCAGAGCUGAAUCGUGACCGCGAUCCAGGUUUCAGGGAAAGAGUAAAAAGAGCAAUGGUGGAUACGGAGGAGAAGGUCGCCGAGGCUCAGAAGCUCGUUCGUGAGGCAGAAGAAGAGAUGGAUGUGCGAGUACCUUGA